GUAUUUCUAUAUGGUUGUGGGCAAGUCGGCUCCGAGCGCAGCUGUGUGGCCUAUCUUGUCAGAUCCAUCACCAUCUUGUACGGUGACAUGCAGGGGCAGCUGCUAUCUUUAUAAUGACCUCCUAAAAAGAUUAGGACCCUGACAGUGACCAUGUAAAUUAGUCCAUGGAGCGCCAGCACCGAAGGGAUCACGUGUCGGCUUGUCUGCAGUGAUGAUGGAUUCAUGGGGAGGGGAGAACCCAUCAAUGAGCAGCCUAGACCAUCUUUUGCAGCCCAGCAUGAUAAAGGAUCGUCAACUCCACCUACGUUCCACUUGCUGAUUGGCGUUGCGCAUGUAUCCAGCUAUUAUUUAUUGCACCCAAAUCAGUGACGCCCCAUUUAUCCAGAGCAGCUCCCUCCACUCUGCCACUGAGCGCGCCAACUCUCCGUCGUCUGUCCGCAGAACAGGUGUUGCUGAGAAAAUGAGAGGUUUUGUAUUAGUGUCUCUGCUCCUCAUGGUCAAACUCCGAUGUAGUCUGUCCGGAUGCGAGGAGCCGGAGUCAGGCAGACUAACUCCACUUCAACGUCUGGGAUUGAGUAACCCCAAACGGAACCUCUUGAAGAGGUACAGCGAUUUGGAUUAUGACAGUUUUGUGGGUUUGAUGGGCAGAAGAGAUGCUGCCGAUACAAAUGCCGUGGAGCCCCCACAAAAAAGGGAAAUGCAUGACAUUUUUGUUGGAUUAAUGGGAAGGAGAAAUUCUGAGCCGGAUAACGGUGCCUGGAGAAGAGAGUACCCUGAGAGGAGAGGGAUUUUUGUGAACAAGUGUAGGCUGAGGUUGGUGACUUCUCUCUUUCACUGAGCCGACAAGACAAAACACCACAAUGUUAUGGUUGUUACAUAUAUGUUUGACACCUAGCAAUUCCAUCGGUUUACGAUUCCUGGGGUGACGAUUCCAUUCAGAAUCGAUUCUCGAUUCAACACAAUAAUUGAUUCAAACCGAUUCUCGCUAUGUAUUAUUUGUUAUAAUGAUUAUAAUAACACUUUGUUCAAAACAGGUUACAGGUUAGAUAAGCUCCUUCUGGUUGCAUGGAGAUGGCCUAAAAACAUUUGGUAACACUUUAGUAUGGGGAACAUAUUCAUCAUUAAUUAGUUGCUUAAUAAAGCAACAAAGACUUAAUUCAGAGUUAUUUGGACACUAGGGGAAUAUAUAAGGCAAGGCAAGGCAAGGCAACUUUAUUUGUAUAGCGCUUUUCAUACACAAGGCAGACUCAAAGUGCUUCACAGACAACAAAGUGAAAUGAAAGAAAAUAAAAGCAAAAUUAAAAUGCAGAAUUAAAAUGCUGGCAUAAGGGUUAGUGUUAGGGUUAGGGUUACUAAUAAGCAAUAAUUCUGAGGUUAUUGAAGGAAGACUCUUAGUUAAUGACUU